CUUUGUUUAAACCCCUCAAGUUAUCGAGGAGAGAGAGAUAGAGUGUUUAGAGAGACAAACUAUAAGAUCAUAUAUAUCAAACUGAUUUAGGAUUUGAUUCCUAAAAGAAGAAAAGAAAAUGAAUUCUAACAACUGGCUUGCCUUUCCUCUAUCACCAUCUCACUCUUCUUUGCCUCCUCACAUCCACUCUUCACAAACCUCUCAUUUCAAUCUCGGGUUGGUCAACGACAACAUCGACACCCCUUUCCAAAACCAAGAAUGGAAUAUGAUCAAUAUACACGGUGGAGGCGGCGAAGGAGGAGAGGUUCCAAAAGUGGCUGAUUUCUUAGGAGUUAGCAAAUCGGAGAAUCAUCAACCCGACCACAACCUCGUACCUUACAACGACAUUCAUCAAACCAACGACUCAGAUUACUACUUCCAAACCAACAGCUUGUUACCUACAGUCGUCACAUGUGCCUCCAACACUCCUAAUAACUAUGAGCUUCAAGAGAGUGCCCACAAUUUGCAAUCUCUCACUCUUUCCAUGGGAAGCACCGGAGCCCCUGCCGCAUCAGCCGCCACCGUGAAAGCCUCGCCGGGUGAAACUAGCGCCGAUAAUAGUAGUAGCACUACUAACACAAGCGGAGGAGCCAUCGUUGAAGCUACACCAAGACGGACCUUGGAAACUUUUGGACAACGAACCUCAAUCUAUCGUGGCGUUACAAGACAUAGAUGGACUGGUAGAUAUGAAGCUCAUCUUUGGGAUAAUAGUUGUAGAAGAGAAGGACAAUCAAGGAAAGGAAGACAAGUCUACUUAGGUGGGUAUGAUAAAGAAGAGAAAGCAGCAAGAGCAUAUGAUUUAGCUGCACUUAAAUAUUGGGGCCCCUCUACUACUACCAACUUUCCUAUUACUAACUACGAGAAGGAAGUGGAGGAGAUGAAACACAUGACGAGACAAGAGUUUGUGGCUUCUAUAAGAAGGAAAAGUAGUGGAUUCUCGCGUGGUGCAUCGAUGUAUCGCGGAGUAACAAGGCAUCAUCAACAUGGAAGAUGGCAAGCAAGGAUUGGCCGAGUUGCCGGAAACAAAGAUCUCUACUUGGGAACUUUCAGCACGGAGGAAGAAGCAGCAGAAGCAUACGACAUAGCUGCAAUAAAGUUUCGAGGCCUAAACGCGGUUACAAACUUUGAGAUAAACCGCUACGACGUGAAAGCCAUACUAGAGAGCAACACACUUCCUAUAGGAGGUGGUGCAGCUAAAAGGCUCAAAGAAGCUCAAGCACUAGAAUCAUCAAGAAAACGCGAGGAAAUGAUAGCUCUCGGCUCAAAUUUCCAUCAGUAUGGUGCACCUAAUGGCUCCAGUUCUGUUGCCUCGAGCUCUAGGCUUCAGCUUCAACCUUACCCACUAAGCAUUCAACAACCUUUUGAGCAUCUUCAUCACCAGCCUUUACUUACUCUACAGAACAACAACGAUAUCUCUCAGUAUAAUACCAACCCUCAUGAUUCCUAUAGUUACAUUCAGACGCAGCUUCAUCUUCACCAACAACAGACCAACAAUUACAUGCAGUCUUCUAGUCACAGCUCGCAGCUCUACAAUGCUUAUCUUCAGAGCAACCCUGGUUUGCUUCACGGAUUUGUCUCUGACAAUAACAACAACACUUCAGGGUUUCUUGGAAACAAUGGGAUUGGUAUUGGGUCAAGCUCGACCGUUGGAACAUCGGCAGAGGAAGAGUAUCCGGCAGUUAAAGUUGAUUACGAUAUGCCUCCUUCAGGUGGAGCCACAGGGUAUGGAGGAUGGAAUACUGGAGAGUCUGUUCAGGGUUCGAAUCUAGGUGGUGUUUUCACAAUGUGGAAUGAAUAA